AUGUCUUCACGCGGCCAUAAUGAUAGCGGGAAACUGCUGUCCAAACCGAUUUCUCUAUCUUCAUCCGGUUCAAGUGGCCCUCCGAAAAAGACCGGUUUCAACAUCCAAUCCUCAAAUCGCGGCUGUUCUACCAAUUCCCCAGCAAACGGCCGGUCCCUGCCUCGGCGACCUCACCAGCUCGGUUACUCCGAUGAAUCUGACGAAGAUGAAGCCCCUCCGGUCCACGAGGAAAUCUUAGGAUUCGACACCCACACAGGUGGCGCCAUUGCCGCAGACGGACAGGCUGUCGCGGACGCAAACAAGCCGCUGAUAAUUCCCGUCACGAGCAAGAACAACUGGCGCGACCGGGCGGGCGUAAACGUGAAGAAGAGCAAGAAGAACCUUCUUCCUAGCGAAGUGCAGGCUAUGCAGGAAGCGCAAAAGAACGGACAAGCACCCCCCGGAGAGCCUACAGUAGAGACAGAUACGCCCAGCAUGGCGUACGGGUUGAGCUUUGCACAACAGUCUGCAGAAAAGGCAGAUGGGGGAGCAGCAGUGGACGAAGACCAGGCCAUGCCUGAUGCGAAACCUGUCGAGACUAAGCCUCUCACGGAGGACGAGAUUGCGAUGCAGGCGCUGAUUCGGGAAACCACGGGUGACACGGAACGGAGGUCGGACCUUGUGAUUGAGUCUGCUUCAAAGGAGGAAGAAUCAGUCCAACACAGCGAACUCGGAUCUUUCCGAACAGAUGUGGCAUCCCGGCCUGAGCCUGCUACUUUGGACGCUUACAAUGCCAUUCCCGUUGAGGAAUUCGGUGCGGCGCUACUACGAGGAAUGGGUUGGAAGGAUGGUCAAUCUAUCGGACGAGGAAACUAUAGCAGUGCCACAGCUGCAGAGAAGGCGAAAAACCCUCGUGUUCCAGAACGACGACCUGGGUUCCUCGGUAUUGGUGCAAAGGAUUCAUCCGGCGGCAAGGGUGCCGAAACUGAGCUUGGAGCUUGGGGGAAAGCAGCUAUGCGCAAAGCAUCGAGGAAACAGGGGGAAGAAAACGACAAGGCUGAGGGCGUGUACAUGCCUAUCACGAUGCGGAAUAAGAAAACCGGCGAGCAACUCACCGAAGAGGAACUUGCUGCUCUACAAAAAGAGGCCAGGUCCAAACCUGCCGAGGAAGACGAUUGGCGCGAGCGACGAGAUCGCAACCUUGAGAAGAGCGGUCGGGACAAGGAUCGAGACCGGGAAUACCGCAACCGCGACCACGACGAUGAGGAGGAGCGUUCUCGUUGGAAGAAUGGGUCCUCGCGACGUGACCGUGACCGCAGUCGGUCUAGCGGCCGCCACUCUUCUAGUCGUUCCUCUCGAUAUGAUGAUGACGAUAAAAGCAGACGGGACGACCGUUCCUAUCGGGGUCGGGAUCGAGACUACGACCGGGAUCGUCGUCACCGUGAUGACGAUAAGGACGACCGAAGGAGAGAUAGAGAUCGCAGCCAUCGAUCUCGAGAUGAGAGAUAUAGCAGCUCGCGACACUCGUCUCACUCGUCUCGAAAUGACCGAGACCGAGACCGUGAUCGCGACUCUCGUCGGAGUCGUCGCGAUGACUAA